AUGGUGCGAGAACAGUUCCUGGUUGCUGCGACUGUUGUGUUUGUGAUGUUGUCCCUGUUGCGUCGAAGCGCGCUGUUCCAGAGGGUCGUGGCACGGUUCAUCGAGGGCACUGGCCCGAAGGUUCCCGGUCUGUUGAAGACCCCCGGGUGGCAGGUGCUGUCUAGUGGUCACCGAAGUGUCGGAACAACCGAGUUGAGGGAGUUGCAGCGGGCGUUGGCCGGGAUGGCACGGUAUGAGCGGGCCAUGGCGAAGGGGAACGCCGUCAUAGUGGACAGGACGAUUGCGUUACCGCAGGAACAACGAGAGCAACUGAUACAGGUUGGGUACUUCGACAAGAUCGCCAGUGUGAACGGUGCGAUACUCGAGAACGGCAGCGUCGUGUGGCGUGUAUUGCGGUCCGCAUUGGAGCAGUUGCUCGAGGUGAACAAGGAGGAGUCCUGUCGAGAAACCCUCAUCCAACUGUGCGAAAGCCUUGGGUUUGCAGUUGACAUACUGCCGAGCGGUGGGUUACAAUUGACUGGCGAGUCUCAUCACCGGCACGAGGACUACGAAACACUGGUGUGUUCCCCUGGGGCCCGUGGCGGAGAUGUGUCCCCCACGCGCGUCGGGGAGGCCCUACAGCACUUGUGCAGGGACUGGGCACCAGAGUUCCAACACCGUGAGAGUCAACCACUUGUCGAGUACAUCGAGUCGCAACUGUCCCCACUGAAUCUAAAUUCCCAUGACCUUGUAGUCGUCCCCGGGAGCGGUUGUGGCUACAUCGCCUACGAGGUCGCCAAGCGGCACGCUUCAACGCCAGUGGUAUCCGUCGAACAAUCUCUACUGAUGCACCUGUUCAACGAGUUCGUGUUCCACAGCGGCGAGGACGUCACCGUGCGGCCCUUUGCAAGUUACUACUCUAACCAGUGGGACAAGAACCUCCAGAUGCGCAGCGUCAAAGUACCCCUCGUACGGGUCCACAGACCGGACAACCUGCAGUGCGUGCGCGGAGACUUUAACGAGUGGGUCCAUUCAACGCCGAGGCAAUCCGGCCGCAUCGUCGUCGUGAGCGCGUACUUCCUCGACACGGCGCAGAACGUGUUCGAGUACGUCUCAUCGGUGGAGUCCCUGGCCAUGGCGUGCCCGAACACUGUCCACUGGGUGAACGUCGGCCCUCUCAAGUACGGCACGCAGCCGGCAGUACAGUUCACCGCGCAAGAACUGUCUAGACUUCUCGCAGCGCGAGGUUGGAAAGAAACCGCCCCGCCCAGCGACGACCACGGCGAUCUCAACGGGUACCUGACGAACGUCGAGUCCCUGUACCAAGGUUACUACGCCCUGUACAAGUUCCACAAGACACUAACAGCAGGAUCUACAAAGCAGUGA